GAGAGAGAGAGACACAGAGAAAGAGACAGCCAAGAGUGCGAUUCCGACAAGGAGUUUGCGCGGGUACGGCGACGACGGCGAGUGUGUUAGCGUCUCGACUCCACCAAUAUGGCGGUGCCAACGUACACGCAACCGCUAUUUUCGAAUCAUCGAGCUCGUAGGCCGCACGUCACUGUCAAUCACACCGUGCUCACGAUAUUAGCGUACGUGCUGUUGGCGAAAGAUGGUACAAGCGUUUCCUUGACUUACCAUUAUGCGGAUGAUGCGAAUUAUUACCGUACAACCAUCAACAAUGGCGAUAAUAUAAAUCUUCUAGAGAAACUGUACACGAUAUCCAAACAGAAGUGGCAUAAGGACACAGUGGCAUCAAACUCCUUAUUGCCAUCUACAAAAGGAAUGCCUGCGAGAUCUUAUCACAGGAUCCGGCAGUCCAUGACAGAUGAUGCUGGAAUGGAUCUGCAAGUGGCACAAUUCAGUACUCAAACAGAUCAGGAAGUACAUUCCAGGACGACUUUAUCAUGGGUAGAUUGGCAAUUGCCUCUCUUUGUAGCGCUCUGUGCCAUCACUGGCACUAUUCUUUUUACAUUCCUGAUCCUGUUAUGGCUGCGGAAACAAAUGUCGCGUGAAAAAGAUACCGAGGAUGGCGAUCGGCAAGGCCUGGUAGAGGAAUGUGCCACAUGCUGCCCACCAGACAAGUCAGCUAAAGACACGAAAGGACCCGUUGAGGCCGAAUGGGUUCACGAGGCAAAGCCGCCUGCACCCGCGCAUCCGAUACAACCGAUCCCUCAAACGUCUGGUUUAUCGGAGAUAACGUCCGUGGCGACAACGGAACGCAGAACGGAUCCAAUCCGUAUAAAACCAAAGAAAUUGAUAGAACGACGGGGUUCGAGCACAAGUUUAACUAUAGGAUUAACGCCGACUCCGGAGAGUCCACCCCACAUGGUCACUCCCACACGAGAGUGUACAGCGGAGGAAUUUUUAUUGAGCGCGGGAAAUGUGCUGUCGAGAGCCCAGUUGAAGAGAGCAGUCAGCGAUCAGACGGCUUUGCAUAAAGAAUUCUGGGAGGUGCCGCUGAACCUGCCGGGAAAGGUGGACAUUUGCGGCUCGGGGGUGAAGAAUCGAUACUGCUCCGUCUUGCCGAAUCCUCAGUCGAGAGUGAUUUUGCCGGGCUUCUCCGACGAUCCUCUCGCCGGUUAUAUAAACGCCAACUAUAUUCGAGGAUACGACGGUGAGGAUGCUAGAUACAUUGCGACACAGGGACCACUAGCUCACACAAUAGCAGACUUCUGGAGGAUGAUUUGGGCGGAAAAAGUGCCGGCAGUCGUCAUGAUCACUAGAUUGCACGAGGCGUCUAAAGCGAAGUGUGACGCCUAUUUUCCAUUUGAAGUGAACAGUCGUAUACAAGCGGGACCUUUCACCGUCAUCGUCAGCUAUAUCGAUACGAGAGACGGCUACACCGUCAGAACCAUAGAGAUCAGGCACGAAGGAGAGAAGCGACAUUUGCAGCAUUACUGGUAUGACUCAUGGCCAGACCAUGCUGUACCUCCAGCUGCAGAUGCGCUCGUUAGUAUGGCGGCGGAAGUGAACUCCUUGCCAGGGCCAAUCGUCGUCCACUGCAGCGCAGGUAUCGGACGCACCGGUUGUUUCAUAGCGUUAGCCAUAGGAAUGAUUCAACUUGCAAGAAAUGGGAACGUCGAUGUGUUGGGUAUCCUGUGUCAGAUGAGAUACGACAGAGGUGGCAUGGUGCAAACAGCUGAACAAUAUGAAUUUGUUCACAGAGCACUUUAUCUGUUUGAGCAGACGUUAGAUAGCAAUCCGUCGAUUUCGACGAGCAGCGUCUGAAUGGAUCUUCUAAGGAACGUUUCACUCUUUCUCUUUUCACAAAAGAGAAUUCACUAUCGCUCGCGAGAACGUCACUUUCGUCCAGGUGUGCAUACGUGUCUGCCGCGCAAGAGUGUUUCACUUCUAAUGAAUCUCAACGUCAGCCUGUGUGAACCGGCGGUCCCAUUUAUCUCAAUAUUCGGACGAGUUAAGAGACUCGUUUAAAUAUGCUGCCAUUUAUUACUGCCAUGACAAAUCGUUGACAAUUAAUAUCGCAUGCAGAGCUCAAAAGGAGAACGAGAGGAUUCACACACCGUUGGAGCGCAAUUUUCUAAGCAGGUGCUUUUUAAAACUGCAUCAUAAAAUAGUCUAAACGAGGAUGUUAUUUUUCGUGUAUAGUAGCGCGCGAUAUGAUAUGAAAUCGUACGAUACGUACGCUCUCUGCUCGAGGGACACACAGGAGAUUAUUUUAUAAGUUUCUAAAUUAAUUAAAAAUAAUCCUCGGACGCGGCGAUAACGUACUCACGAUUACGAAUCGUGAGAUUUCUACUUAAAACAGCAAUUACUGGGACUUGAGAUCUGAUUAUCCGUACAUUCCUCGUGUGUACUACGAAAUAGCUGAUAAAGCUUGAUGAACACUCUCUGAGAUACACAGAUGAUAUGAUAAUUGAGAACAUUAUCGCGAUUUCAACAACCGAGGUAACGCGAGAUUCUUCGCUUUUAGCGUCACGACGGAGUAAAAUGUGACAAAAUUUGCCAGGCCGACGUGCACGAUGAGCUUUAACGAGCAAGUUAAUUGUAAUUACUACCUUUAAUGGAAUAUAGUUAAAUGUGUGAAAUCGUGACGAGUAACAGUUGAAACAAUUACUAAUUUAUGGGACCCAGUGGAUCGACUAGAUACUGUCCUAUUUCCAGUUCCUAUUUGAUUUUCAAGUAUCUCUCUAUGAUUUUUACGACUUUUAUUUAAUUCACCAACUAAGACUGAACACGGGUAGUACAAUAUAUAAUAAUUAUUUAGAUUAUAAAUCAAUUUAACGAUAAAAAAGAAUGGAAUCCCUGUAGCAGUUAGAAGUAUAUUCACUCGAUUUGGAAAAAAUGUAUUAUAAGGCAACUAAAAAUUUAUAAUGUAAUCCUUGCCUUGUAUUUUACAAACAGAGAUAUAUUUAAUUCGUUGAUUUCAAUUACUGAUUAAUAUAAAUGAAAAGAAAAACAUUGCAUAUUACAAUGUAAGUAGAUAUUUAUAUAAACUUGAAAAAACGCGACUUUGAAGUAUGUUUUAUGUACAAAUUUAUGUCAUUGCUUUUGAUACUUAAACUUUGAAAAUUGUUUUCUUGAAGAAUUGAUAUCCGCGACACAUGUUUUAGUGAUUUAAUAUGAUCUUUUUGAAUCAUUAUCGCGAAUUUGUGAAUGGCAAUAAAUGAUAAUUACACCGUAAGCAUUCUGUUGGUCGAAGGAACACUAAUCAUUUGGCCGCUAGUACUUUCCAAAUACAACUUCUUAGCUAGUAGAAUAAUAAUCAACACCAAAGUUCUCGAUAGUGUAAACUCGGAUAACACCUAAAUCUAUGGUGUAUAUGUUGUAUGCAUUUUAAAAUGCUAGCAACUAGCUCGUUGUUUUUGUGGUCCAGUUUGUGGUCCAGCAACACGACUUAUCUUCAAUAAACUCGAAUCUAACAAUUAAACAAGAGUAUAAAGUGUGUAUCUGGCUUUCGUGUGUAUACAACAAAUGUAUAAUGAAACAGUUAGGUAUGUGCUGCAAGGAAAAUGGGAUUUUUUUCGAUAUAUCUAGACAACUCGCAUCGCUUGUUAUUGAUUCGAAUUAUUGGUAAAAUGCCUCGAGACACAUAUACAACUAUAUAUACAUGCAUAUAUAUGCAACUGUGUGCAUACCUGUGUGUCUAUAUAUGUAUGUACAUGCAUAUACCAUGUAAAUAGAUUUAUUGUACAGAGAGAAAAAAAAAUAUAUAUAUAUAUAUAUUUAAGAGAAUAUGUAUUUGUGUAAGAUAAAAAUAUAUAUUAUUUAUAAAUGCGCAAAGCCGCAAGUGACUUAGUAAAAAUGUAUCAAUAGGCAACACAAUACAACAAUAAUAAUAACGAUAAUAAUAAUAGUAAUAAUAACAAUAAUUUAGUAACCCCUCGGUGUUCAAUUGUACUUAUGUGAUGUAAUAAAUGUUUAUAGUAUCCGUGCAUA